GGCGGCGGCAAUAACGUCUAUCCGGUGGGAACUUUGAGAAAAUUCGCCCACCGGUCCGCUUUUGACGACGACCUGUGGCCUUGGACUGCCGCGCACGAACGCAGCUUUGGGCGCCGCCUCUUCCCACACUCGCCCGCCACUCGGUGACAACUGCGACCGCGGUACAUUAUUGCUACCGGCGAGCUCGGCAUACGGCACCGGGUCGUGGCCGCGCACCGAGAUAAGAAUAUUGUUGAAAAAGUACCGUCCACACUGCCGCCUCCGCCAUGGAGGCCAUCGGACACAAACUCUUUCAGCUCGGCGAUCCCGAGGGAAAGGGAUUCAUCGUGAGACGAGACAUGCAAAAAUUAAAAGACGAGCUCUCAAUGACCCCGGAGCAAUUGGAGAUCGUAUUUGAUACAUUGGAUGUCGAGCAAAAGGGUUACCUUACACUCUGUCAGUUUUUGGAAAAGUUCAAUUCCGAGCAGAGCGAGUUUGUAUUUUUAAGAGAAGACACGGCGCCAAUGAAUUUCAGGAGUAAUCGAUGGAAGGAGCAGCAAAACGUGGUUUCGUUCAAAUGUUCUUACACAGAAGACCUCCAAACACUUUUGCAAACCAUUAAAGACACGAACAUGAUAAAAUUGAGCGUAGGACAUUUAGAGAACAUAUGCAAGGCAGCCUCUCAGAUGGAACCAGACAGUGCGGUCUCGGUGGGCCGCGUCGAAGCGUUUCUCAGGGCGCUCAACAUGGACCUGAUAAAGAUUGUUGAACGUGACAGAGAGCUGGAAGAGAUGCUGCAGAGCAGAGAGAUCCAACACCAAAACAACAUGCAAAAACUUUUCGAAGAACUUGAAUCGCAUUUCCGUGAAGAGCAAGAAAAGACCAAACUUGAAGACCAAAGAAAAUUCCGGUCAGAACUAACCGCGUUGGAAAACGAACUGGCCGACAAGGAGGAUAGGUACCGAGCCGCCGUGUCCACUAGGCAGGAAUUUGCGGGACAGCUAGUGGCAGCCCAACAGCGUGAACUGGCGGUUAUGGCCGAAAACGCUAAACUUAUAGAAACCCGUGAAAGGCUGUUGAAUGAUUUGGAUGCGGAACGGGCUAAAACCUGUCGGCUGGAAGAAAUCAUUGAGAGAACCAAUGUGGAGUGCGCCGCGGAUAAUGAAAAACACUUCAAGCAAGGGUUCUACGUGGCGAAAAAUUUGGUCUCCAUGAAAGAAGAAGGACUUUUGCAACAGUUAGAAAUCCUUCAGGACAUGAAAAACAUCCUAUUGAACUGACACUCGGGCGGCGUCAUCAUCGCCGACAUACUCAACCUAAAUUUCACUAUUGAUUAUACGAUUCAUAUGCAUAAUCACACGCAUCUACAGACUAUAAAUAGUGAUGCAACAUCAACAAUAAUACAUCAUCAAUAUUAUAUUUUAAUCAUUAUUAAUAUUGUUACUACAUUUGAAUUUGAGCAUCAGCUAUACAAGCCUACAAAGUUAUUAAAGCUUACAUUAGGCUAACGCCUAACAUUGUAUUUACAUCAGAUUAAUUUAUACAUACAAAUUGUUUUUUAAAU